AUGGAAGAAAUUUAUGAAUGGAUUGAUACAAUUGGAGAUAAAAUACCAUUUUCAAGACCGAAAAAAAAUUUUGCCAGAGAUUUUUCUGAUGGAGUUCUUGUCGCUGAAUUAUUAAAAUAUUUUUAUCCGAGAAUUGUCGAAUUACAUAAUUAUCCUGCAGCAAAUUCUUAUGCUCUUAAAAUAGAAAAUUGGAAUACAAUGAACAGAAAGGUUUUAUCAAAAUUACAACUUCAACUUAGUUCAAAUAUAAUAGAAGAACUAUCUAGAGCAAAUCCAAAAGCUGUUGAAAAAUUAUUGCAGGAAAUUAAAAAUAAAAUUGAAUCGACAACUAAUGUCGAAUCGAAAGAAAGCGACGAAACUUUAAAUUCAGAAUUCACAGAUGAAAUAAUAAAAGUACCCGUGAGUACGAGCGAAGAAGGUGAAAAAAUAUUUAAAAAAAUGAUUCCGGCAAUACUUUUGGAAAAAAAAAUAGCAGAAAUAAAAAAAAAAGAUAAAGCAAUAGCUCUAUUACAAAAAAAGGUUGAACAUCUAGAAAGUUUGCUGUUGUUAAAAGAAACAAGAAUCCACGAUUUAACAACACAAUUAUAUAAACCUGAAAGAAAUGAAUUUUCAUUUAAAACUCAAAAUCAAUAUCAUACUUCACUUUAA